UUGUGGUGAAAGAAGCUCCUCUCCAAGGAACGAAGAUGCAGAGAUACAGCACUCAACAGGCAUUGGAAAUGAUCCUGGAUGGAGCUGACCCUUGCGAAUCGGAUGGAGAAGACAUCAAUCUCCAGGUGGAUUCAGACUCCGAGCUGUCUCAGUUGUCUUCAGAUGAGGAGAGUGCUCCCCAACCAACAAAGAGAGCUCGGCUGGCGACUGAUGUGACAGAGACUGCAAAAGAUGGCACAGUAUGGCAUGAAGAACAGGUGGGAACGGGUCCACAUUUCACCCACCAUCGCCAUACAGCGCAGAUGGAGAGCCAACAGCUAAGGCCAGGAGGUCAAUCACAAGUCGCCUUCAGAGCUUCCUUUGUUUCAUCACUCUGGACAUGCUUGGCAUCAUUCGAGACUGUACAAUUCAACAUGCGAAGCAAACUGAGCAUGUGGAUUGGUUCAUGGGCAUACCUGAACUAAUGGCAUUUAUUUCCAUCACCAUCAUGAGGGGAAUCUUCAAGGUGCCAUCACUGCCUGACUGCUGGUCGAAAAACCUGGGAAGCCCACACAUCAUCGAAACCAUGUCCCGAGGCCGUUUCCAAAACAUCAUGCAUCACCUGCGCUUUGAUGACAGAGACACCCGCAGCGAGCGAGUACAGACUGAUAGGUUUGCUGCAAUUUCAAACAUAUGGGGAUUGUUUGUCACCAACUGCAUCACAUCCUACAUCCCUGGUCAACACAUCACCAUUGACGAACAACUUUUCCCGUGCAAGACUCGCUGCUGUUUCCUACAGUACAUUGCAACUAAACCAGACAAGUUUGGUAUCAAGUUUUGGGUGGCGUGUGACUUGAAAACCAAAUACGUCUGCAACAUCCUCCCAUAUCUUGGCAAGGACCCCACUCGGCCUCGUGGGGAGAGAGUGCCUGAGAGUGUAGUCAUGAGGCUGAUGGAACCAUUCUUGGACAAGGGCAGAAAUGUUACCACAGACAAUUUCUUUACAUCACUGUCACUUGCAAAACGACUACUUAGCCGGAAUUCAACCAUCUUCGGCACAGUCAACAGGAUUCGCCAAGAAAUCCCACCGUCAACUCGACAGAUGCACCGAGAUGAAUUUACCACCCAGGUAUUUUCAUCCACUGGUGCCACACUGACUGUGUAUGCGCCCAAGCGGAAGAAGACUGUGUAUGUUCUCAGCAGCAUGCACAGCACGAUUCAGACACAGGAAACCACCAAAAAGAAGCCAAACACCAUCACACUCUACAACACAACAAAGUGCGGCGUCGAUAUCAUGGACCAGGUGGUGCGGGAAUACAAUGUCCGCGCAGGAACAAGGCGCUGGCCAGUAGCAGUGUUCUACAACAUGAUAGACAUUGCAGCACUGAAUGCCCACGUGCUCUAUCAAUUAUGCACCGGGAGAAAUGAAAGACGGGUGGAUUUCCUGUUUGAACUGGCAAGAGAGUUGGCUCACUCCCACGUGGGUAUGAAAAAGGCCCCAAAGGAGCAAUUGCUUCGGCAACAACCCUCCACACCACAACUCGGACAAAGAGCCAAGUGUCAGGCUAAAAUCAAAUGCAAGGACAAUCGUACAACAGUGCGCUGUGAUGACUGCUACAAAUACACAUGUGGGAAAUGCCGAAAGGAGCAAUGGCAGUGCCAGAAUUGUUAGUGACUGCUGGAAUGUAUUUCACUCAUUUGCAUUCAUUGUAAAUAUGCUUUUUUUUUUGUAAUUUUUUUUUCUUCUAUUUUUGGCACACAAAAAUGAGUUACUUCUGCAACAACCUUCCACAUGAAAACUGGGAAAACAGUUGCUUUUGCAUUCAUUGUAAAUAUGUUUUGUUUUGUAUUUUUUUAACAAUAAAUGUUUAGAGUU